GUGCUGUACUAGUGUGCGCGCGACGGCCAGUCUGCGAAGGCAUAUACUUCGUCGCGACACUAAAGACAGUCAGUCGACGAAUGUCUCUUUCGUUAGUAACACACAGCGGCGGCGUCGAUUUUGUUAUUAUUAUAUUACUCAUAUACGCGCGUCGAGCAGUGCCGGCUUGUGUGUUUGUUUGAUCACGGACACUCGUCCGAUCUAUAUAAUACACAGAGUGUGAUUAUAUAUCGCGCUUCGUGUCAAGUGCCUUAAGUACGGCGUGCGAUGCUGAGCAUUUUUUCGCCAGUGCCUUAGUUAAUAUCGAAAAAUUGCCGAAGCCGAGUAUCAGCCGCUGUACAAGCGACUCCGAAGUAUAGCAGCAAGCAGCAGCACAGCAAAUCUUCGACGUGAAAACACGAACUCUCUCGACCGAGGCGCCACUAUACGUGUGAUCGCAUUCGCAGAAGUGUGCGUCGUCGUCCGUCUUAUAUAUCUAUAUACAUUGCGGAGAGACACUGGUAGUGGUGUGCGUGUGCGUGCCAAGUAUUAGCGCGUGCAUGUAUGUAUGGGUGUGCUGCCUGGCGCGCGCGCGACUCUGUGUCUAUCUGUGAACGCGAACGCCGGUAUAUAUGCGCGUGCAUAUACACCACAUCCCAUCGUUCGCAAAGUUAAAACGCUCUGCGCUGCCGAGUGUGCUGACUGCUGUGUGUUGCGCGGCGCGCGGUGUAUAAGCGACGAGCGAAGCGAGCAGCAGAGCAGCAUAUUGUGUAACGCAUUUCUGAAUAUAACGAGAACGCGCCGAGUGUGUAUAUAAAACAGAGACUACUCGGUGUGGCAAAAAAACUUUUGCCAACAGUGGUUGUCACCUGAUUAUUUUUUUCGUGUCCACCCAAGUGCAAUUUUUUUGAAUACGAAUAAAACAAAACAAAAAUGGCUCAAGAUUUAGCCCAAAAGUCGCAACCUGUCAGUCACAAGAGCGUCGUUGGAAGCAGAAGAAUAUUCACUGUAGCUUUUAAGCUGCAGGUGCUCGAGUCUUAUCGCAAUGACAUCGACUGUCGUGGAAAUCAGCGAGCAACGGCGCGAAAAUUCGGCAUCCAUCGGCGACAGAUACAAAAGUGGCUGCAGAGCGAGGUCGUUCUCCGCAAAAGCCUGGAGAACAGCCCGACAGAGCAACAGAGUGCACCGGCAGCCCCGAUGCAACAGACGCCCUCGAUGCUCGAACCCGGCAACAAAUCCGUAAUCAAGGUCGAACCACAGCAUCAGCAGCCACAAACCCCGAAUAGAACGCCGCUCGAGGUACCCAAAUCACAUACAGCGACUUCGGGCGCACUUAUGACCUUGAGUCAGAGCUCAGCCAGACUGCGUGGCGACAGCAGCGGCGGCGGCGGCGGCGGCACCGACGCCGAGUCGCUAUUGCUCGAGCAGCAGCAGCAGCACCAGCAACAACAGCCUCAGCUACCGCAGCCACAGCCACAGCCACAGCAUCAACAACAGUCCCCUCCACUUGUUUCUUCGUUUUCCGCCUUGACACUGCAGUCGUCGAUUUCAGCUAUGCAGAAUCCCGAAUCUUUUUACGCUUCCGAAGUGCCACAUACAUAUCCUUAUUUAAUGUCGCAAGCCAUGUUUCAACAACAGCAACUGAAUCAAUUUAAUAGUUACGCGGUCGGUCCCCAAGAAUAUCUGUACCACCAGCAACAAGCACCUCUGGUAACCAGACAUCAAAAUUCGACAUUGGACCAGCAGACCUAUACAUUAGAUUACGAGCGAUCCAUGCAUUAUCCAGUAAUCAAAUCUGAGCGAUCUAGUCCAGAUUAUCCGGUCUACACUGUGAUGCAAAAUGUCAGCGACGACGAGCGACAAUUGCAUCUCAGGGUACCACCAGAGGACUACAGAAGAACAUCGAUUGGUAGCAGCGAGGGUGGAAGUCCGGCACCGAGUCAACCGAGCACCAUCGAGUCACACAACUCGCGAGACUCCGACGCCUUCGUCGAUGCAUCCUCGUCUGACGACAGCGAGGCUGCGGCGACCUCGUUGAGCGGCGAUGACGACUCGCACCCGAGGCGUAGGUCGUUCUCGCUUCACUUCAAACUUGGCGUGCUAGACCACUUCCACGGCCACAACGACACCGCGGGAAAUCAGCGCGCCACGGCCCGCAAAUUCAACAUCAACAGGCGCCAGGUACAAAAGUGGCUGAGCCAGGAGAGCGAGCUCAGGGGACUGGCGCUGACCUGCCGAACGGAGAGACAGCGUCUCGGACCGAUGAGCAACGACUCGGGUGUAAGUAGUCCGGUCGAUUUGAGCGCGGCUUCCGUCGAGUUCGAUAGCAACCAAAAUGCCAUCGAAGACGAGGAAUCGGUAAAUUCUCAGGUCCCCGGUUACUGUUCCUGCUGUGCGGAUGGCCAAGCCUUUAACAAACGUAGAAUCUGUUGCAUCGAAUCGCCUUAUCCUAUUUCCGAAGAAGUAAGUCCGAAAAAAGCGCGUACGAUCGAGGGCUAUGACGAGCCCGUGCAAGACACGCCACUUUGUCUUGUGAAGCCGAAAAUUGUAAAAUUAAGCGCGGAACCAACGCAGCAGCAAGUCAACGAUCAAGUUCCGGCGAUUUCCAGCAAGAAAGAUCAAAUAUUGUUCAAGCCAUACUUGGAUAUUCCUAGUAGCAAAUCGAGUAGGCAAGAGAGCAACAAAUCCAAUUUGCAAAACGUAAGCCAGACCGGACGAGUCGGUUUUGUGCCUUGGCAACAAAGUUUCGAGCACGUCAACAGCGCUUUUGUGAGGUACGGUUCGAACAUGCGCAAAUGUUGAUUUUUCGCCCCAUAAAUAUUUACAGAGACGAGUAUGAAAUUAUAUUAUAUUUUUAAUAUGUACAGUGAUAAUUACAAACUUAAGUUUAAUUAUGAGUACCGGUCGGAAAUGGGAUCUAGUCGAGAAAUGAAUAAUCCCUCUUGGUACUUUACACAAUUUCAUGAAAAAUAACUUAAUUUUCGAAAGGCUUUAUUUAUUUUUUAGUAUUCAUGAGUAAUUUAAAAUAUUAAUACAUUUUAGUAUUUUUAAAUGAAUUUUUUUAACUAAUGCGAAAUUUUUAAAUUACGUUAAAAAUCGAUUGACAAAUUCUAAUAAGAACGAUCGGUCAAUCUUAUUGUAAAAAAGUCUGCGGUGCCUUUAAAAAAACACCGCUCAUCUGCCAACAUUAAGCAAUUUGCUACUUUCCACAAUAGCUAUUAAUGUACAUAUAUUGUAAAUAUGUAAAAGUAAGAAAAUUAUUUUAAAAUCAUAAUCGACGCGUUCAAAAUUCGUGGUUUCUGGGUGCCUUUUGUAUUCGUUAGUUCAUGCUAUAGCCUCUCACGGAAUAAUUUUUCCGAAUCGGUGCAUUAUCGAUGAGCUUUGAAAUAGCUUCGAAUGUAUGAUUUUUUAAAUUAUAUGAAAAUAAGCUCGAUAUACUAUAGUGAUCUCGAUCGAUACAAAUAAUGAAACUCAUGUGCCUUACUACGAGUUAAACGAAUUUUUUUUUGUAAAUUCUACGUACUAUAGUUAAGGAUGACGUAGAAGAAACUAAAUUAAAUAUAUUUUGUAAAUUUUAAUGCAAUAAUAAAUAAUACACGUAGAAUUUACAAAAACAUUACGAGAUUAUUGUGUGAUGUAAAAAAUCAGAUGUGCCUUGUACAGUAAAUCUCGUAUGAAAAUUCUCCAAUUUUAAAAAUGUGAUAUCCCGAAAUUUAUAUAAAUCUUUAUUUGCGAAGGACUGCAGUGUCUUAUUUUCGAAAAAAAUAUCAAAUGUACGUAUGUAUUUAUGUAUUUAAUAAUUAUAUCGAUAUGAACGAAUAUAUAUUUAUACAUUUACAGUUAGUUAACUGUAAAUAUUUAUCAUGUUAAGGACACGAAAUUAGUGUCAAAAUCAAAUUGCAUAUAUACGCGAUAAAUCGUAUAUAUAAAUAUAUUAUUUAUAUUUAUAAAGAUGUAUCUAUAAACUUGUGAUGUCUACGAGUAACAGCGACUGAAAUUGUCUUUAUGAAAUGUGUGAAUGUUGAUAAUAUGUAAUGUUUGAAAAGAAAUCUUUAAACGUAAAACUCAGUUAACGAUGUCAUUGACUCAAAGUCUUAUUUUGUGUAAUAACUGAAUAAUAAUAAUAUUAUUGUUUAAUUUGUAAUAAUAUUAAUUCUGUUAUCAUCGACGUAUACAUCGCAAACCUAUGAAAUUUAUAGAGUAUGAAAAGAAAAUAAAAGAAAUAAUUUGGAAA